AUGCAAUUAGGAGGAUUCGAUGAAAGGACAUCAAUUCAAAUCCUGGAUUUUCGAAUUGAGAGAGAUAUUGAGAGAAAUCAAGAAUUCUCGCUAUUUCUUAGAUUCAUGGACCCAAUUCAAUUCAGCGGGAUUUUUCAUUCAUAUUUUUUUCCAUCAAGAGAGUUUUAUAAAACUCUUGGACUCCCGAAUUUGGAGUAUCCUACUUUCACGCAAUUCACAGGGUUCAACAAGCAAUCGAUAUUUCACGAUCAAGUUGAUUGUUCCGCUCCUGUAUCUUCCAAAAGGAAAAAGAUCUCUGAGAGUUCUUUCCUGGAUCCGAAAGAGAGUACUCGGGUUCUCCCAAUAACUAAAAAGUAUAUCAUGCCUGAAUUUAACUGGGGUUCGCGGUGGUGGAGGAACUGGAUAGGAAAAAAGAGCGAUUCUAGUUGUAAGAUAUCUAAUGAAACCAUCGCUGGAAUUGAGAUCUCAUUCAAAGAGAAAGAUAUCAAAUAUCUGGAGUUCCUUUUUGUAUAUUAUAUGGAUGAUCCGAUCCGUAAGGACCAUGAUUGGGAAUUUUUUGAUCGUCUUUCCCCGAGAAAGAGGCGAAACAUAAUCAACUUGAAUUCGGGACAGCUAUUCGAAAUCUUAGUGAAAGACUGGAUUUAUUAUCUCAUGUUUGCUUUUCGUGAAAAAAUACCAAAGGAAGUGGAGGGUUUCUUCAAACAACAAGGGACUGGGUCAAUUAUUCAAUCAAAUGAUAUUGAGCAUGUUUCCCAUCUCUUCUUGAGAAACAAGCGGGCUAUUUCUUUGCAAAAUUGUGCUCAAUUUCAUAUGUGGCAAUUCCGUCAAGAUCUCUUCGUUAGUUGGUGGAAGAGUCCGCACGAAUCGGAUUUUUUGAGGAACAUGUCAAGAGAGAAUUGGAUUUGGUUAGACAAUGUGUGGUUGGGAAACAAGGAUCGGUUUUUUAGCAAGGUACGGAAUGUAUCAUCAAAUCUUCAAUAUGAUUCCACGAGAUCUAGUUUCAUUCAAGUAACGGAUUCUAGCCAAUUGAAAGGAUCUUCUGAUCAAUCCAAGGAUUAUUUCGAUUCCAUUAGGAAUGAGGAUUCGAAAUAUCACACAUUGAUCAAUCAAAGAGAGAUUCAACAACUAAAAGAAAGAUCGAUUCUUUGA